AGGAGGAGACUGACUGACAGGACGUGGAAUUAGAUUUGAUUUCCAAACCACCUGCGACUCAAAUACAUUGAUGAAUCGAACCUGAGAACCGAGAAGCCGAUUUGCAGAGUAAAACUGGUUAAGAAUGUCAAAUGUGGCUCUUCAUUUCGGGCUCCUGUAUCUGGCCUGGGCGUCCAGUGAGGCUCUGGCGGAGACAGGUGCCAGCCAUGGGAAGAUAGUGAACAUCAAAAAGGUCCAACAUCAGAAGGUCCUCGGUGGGCUGGCAGAGACCACCCUCCUGCCCUGCGUGUUCUCUGUGCUGCCCACCUCAGCCAUCGACCCCUCCGGCCUCCCAGACCCUCCCCGCAUCAAGUGGACCAAGGUCAUGCUGGAGGGCGGGAAGAGGAAGGAGAUCCCGGUGCUGGUGGCAAAGAACAACACGGUGAAGCUGAACCCGGUUUACCAGGGCCGAGCCAUCUUACCGGGCUACGCGGCCAACCACUACAACGCAAGUCUGCAACUCGCAGCUCUCCAGACAAGCGACUCUGGGAUCUACCGCUGUGAAGUGGUGGUGGGCAUCAACGAUGAACGUGAUACGGUUCCUCUGGAGGUCACCGGUGCCAUCUUCCAUUACCGCAAUGGGAGCAGCAGGUACUCGCUGAGCUUCCAGGCAGCCCAGCGAGCUUGCGCCCUGAACUCAGCCAGAAUGGCCUCCCCCGCACAACUGCUUGCUGCCUUCCACGACGGCUUUGACAACUGCGAUGCCGGCUGGCUUUCUGACGGAACCGUGAGAUACCCAAUCAGAUUGCCGAGACCCGGUUGCUAUGGUGAUAAAUCCCAACUUCCUGGCAUCAGGAGCUACGGAGAACGAGACCCUGGGGAAUUAUAUGACGUCUACUGCUACAUCAAGGACCACAAAGGUAAAGUAUUCCACGUGACAGCUCCGGGGAAGCUGAACCUGACGGAGGCCGAGGGCCGGUGUCAAGCCCAGAAUGCGGAGUUGGCGACCACUGGGCAGCUCUACUUGGCUUGGAGGAAAGGCUUUGACCAGUGCGACGCCGGCUGGUUGGCAGACGGGAGCGCCCGCUAUCCCAUCAACGUGCCCAGGAGGAACUGUGGCGGAGACAUCCCGGGAGUGAGAACGAUCUAUCAGAUGCCAAACCGGACUGGCUUCCCGGACCCGGCCUCCAAAUAUGACGCCUACUGCUAUGAGGCUGUCAAUGGCGAAUGGCCAAGCAAACACGCGAUGGAUUCCGAAGCCUCAGGGAGAUCUGUGCAGGGCCAAGUGGAACAUAAGACAAAACAGGAACCGUUAGAACACUCUAAGGGACAAGAAGGUGAUGGGGAACCCAUCACAGUGGGGAGGUUAACAGUGGCAGAAUGGGGCGAGACUCCAUCUAAUGGUACAAAUGGGACACAGGUUGUUGAAAUGUAUCUACAUCUAGGAACCAACAUCUCUGAUCCGGAACACCAGAAUCUAACUCGCCUUGAGACUCCAUCUGUUGUCAUCGAGGAACACAACUCAACAUCCAGCACAAAUGUCAUCUCCUCAGGCGCUGGUAGCAGUCUGACCCAGAGUGUACUAGACGCAGACCUGACAAAGGAACCCGAAGGGAGUGGUCUCGACGCUUACCGAGAUCAGCUUUCUAUCUCAACCCCAGGAGCAGUGACCGUUGGCGGAGAUGAGAGGCCAAGCAAAAUGUCCAAGGAGGAGGAGGGGCGGGGGAAACUCGCGGGUCCUGUCAGCUCCCAGAGCCAAGCAAGCUCUGCUCUUCACGAUAACAAAAUUGUAGUGGGCGAACUCAUUUCGAAAGAAAAGAAUGACUGGCGGACAGAAGCAGAAGAUCCAGAGUCUCAACGAGUGCAAAACGCAGGAGAAGAGAGCGUCUCUGUGAGCCCCAUGGAAGUCUUGGAUAUCUUAAAGUCCGCUUCCCCCACUAACCGGGACGCUUUGAAUCUCUUGCCUAUAUCCAGGAGUUCCCCAACAAAAGAGGCAAGAUUAGGUAUCAUGGUUAUUGACGAGUCCAAUGAUUUGCCUUUGUUGGACCCCCUAGAUGAGAGUAAGGACAAAUCCCCAGACAAUGACUGGGGGCACUUAGAAAAUCAGCUCACCAGACAGAUCGUUCCAGAGACCAUCACUGAAGUCCCCUUUGGCCAACAGCCCCUGGUCGAGCCUGAUGCUAGUCUCAAAGCUCCGACAGAUGUUACGCAUCAAAAUCCAGCCAGAGGAACUCAAGCACCACUGUAUACGUCAACGUCCUUCGCUGGGACAGAAAAUAAGAGAGUGACUCCUCCAGAUCACACUGCAGCUGUGGACAGCGGACACCCACCAACACCCGACCAUGUAGGUCAGAAGGAGGCGAGCUCCUCGCUUGGCAGCCUCAAGCUAGAAGGGACAAAAGCCAAGAGGGCAAAUGUUGGUCUGUGGGUGGGCUCAGAGGGAGAAGGAACCUCAGCAGAAGCCAGACCGCAAGGCGACAGUGGGAGAGAGGAGACAGGAGCCUCGCUGGGGAGUGGUCGAGAGGGUCCUGGAGUGGAAGGAAUGGGACUGGGGGGCAAGGUUGCAGUCAGCACGACAAGUCCGAGGACUGAGCCUUCCACUCAGGUAAAACCCAGCCUCAAGGCUUCAAGGGAUAUGACUGUGAAAGAGAAGGCAGAGGAGGUUUCUACCUCGACAAAGCCAACUGGAGUCUACAGACGCUUGGGAAUAAAGAUUCCUGUUUUGCGAAGGUUCGGGCAGAAGGAUAAUUCCCAGCCAGCGAGCGGCAAUGUGUCGGGAGAGCAGCGUGGAGCCUCACCACCAUCGCCAGUGAAGGGAACCGAUAUUCCGUUAGUGGGCAAGAGCGAGGAGUCAAACCAGGAGCAGUCGAGAGCUGAAACCGCUACAAGAGCAAGGGAACAGGUUGGAUCUCAGACUGAGAUGAAAGUUCAGAGCUCAGGAAUCCCAGAGCUGUUGUCUCACCCCCAAUACAGCUCCAACUCCCACACAAGCCCAGGUGUCGAGGCAGCGAGCUCCUUCUCUGAUGCCACUAACGCAGUCGGCAGUGGUGAGGAAGAAGCCACUUUUCAAGACCUUUUUGCAAGCGGGAACUCUGGGCUGGCUACGCUCUCGGCACCCACGACUGGAGAUCACGAGUGGAGCCAGGCUGCAACCACUUCAGUGCCUAUUCAGCAACUCAGCGGUGGGCUUCAAGGGACUGCGGGGACUGUUGAUGGUUAUUUGGAAGGUUAUACGGCACCCAGCACCCAUCCUGACCACGUUCUAGCAACAGAGAGCGUGACAGAACAGCCACAGCGACUCACAACAGCAGGAGUAGAGAUGGAUCGCCUUGAGGAAGGGAAAGGCAAUCCGCCAGCAUCAAUUGGUACAAACAGUGCAGGCUGGCUUCAAUCUUCUACAGGGAACCCAAUGGAGACACAGGAGGCUGGUACAUUCUCACACACACAGGAACCAACGACCUCAAUUGAUGGUGGUGUUAGCACCGCACGAGCAACGAAGACGGAAUUGGUCAAUAUGGAGCAGGAGCAGAAUUCGUCAGUGACAGAGAUGUUCUCGUCAAUAGACCAGGAGAAUCUGGAGGAUCAAAAGGAAACCACAGCCGUGGCUCACGGCGACUAUUCAGCCCCGGAGACCCUGUCCUCAGGGAGCACCGUGUCCGCAGGUACCUACAUUGAGUUAGGAGCCAGCUCCCCGCAGGUGACUGAUCCGAACGACAUUAAAAUAGCGGUGACAGGGGAGGGAGGAGGAAACAAAAGUGGAAGUGACUUGCACACGGUUGGAGUAGAUUCACCACGCGAGGAAUCUACUGUAGAGGAACCCCAGCUUGAAACUGGGGAGACCAGAGGACCACAAGCUUCGGCAACACCUUUGGCAGUCACUGGAGAGCCCGAGGCAGCGAUCACGGGCAAAGAGGUGGGCGCCGGGCUGGCAACACCAGGGGCAACGGUAGCCGCGGAUGUGCUGAGAGAGGAAGUCAUUGGAGGACCAGCGAAGAUUCGUCCCCGAGGGAAGCUCUUCAAAGCUUCACAUCCGUUCCAUUCUUCACUCCGUGGGACAAGGGUGGGGGUGUCGAUGUCCGAGCCAACCCGACAACAACAGGGACUGGAGACAGCGCAGAGGAUGAUCUCGCCCACACCAGCUGAUGAGGCACCCAUAGCGUCUGAGAUAAUGGGGCUGUCACUGAUAGAAUUCACGGAUGCCUCUGGGGCAGCAGAGGACCAAGCGGGUGGAGGCCUGGCCACAUCUCCCGCAGACACCAAAGUUGCUGUCUGGACCUUCAUGCCAACCUCUGAGGUUCUACCCACCAGCACCCACUCAGAGGAGCAACUCUUCUCAAUGCCAGAUACGGAUCCCUGUCAGACGAACCCUUGCCUCCACCAGGGAUCGUGCAUGUCUAACAGCACCAUGUACACCUGCGUCUGUGUGUCCGGCUUCACUGGAGAAAACUGCGAGAUAGACAUUGACGAGUGCCAGGCCAAUCCCUGCCAGAAUGGAGCCACGUGUGUUGACGGAAUCAACUCCUUCACGUGCCUGUGUCUGCCCAGUUACACAGGGAGUCUGUGCGAGGAAGACACAGAGGGAUGUGACCACAACUGGGACAAGUUCCAGGGUCACUGUUACCGGUACUUCUCACACAGGCGCCUGUGGGAAAACGCAGAGAAGGAUUGCCGAGGACAUGGAGCACAUCUGGUCAGCAUCCACUCGUCCCAGGAGAUGGAGUUCCUAAACAGCAUGGGACGAGAGUACACUUGGAUUGGUUUGAAUGACCGGACAAUUGAGGAAGAUUUCCAAUGGACAGAUUCCACUCCCUUGCAAUAUGAGAACUGGCGGGAAAACCAGCCGGACAGUUUCUUUGCUGGCGGGGAGGACUGUGUGGUUACCAUUAAACACGAGAACGGCAAGUGGAACGAUGUCCCUUGUAACUACAACCUGCCCUACAUCUGUAAGAAAGGCACAGUUCUCUGUGGGCUUCCCCCCAAUGUGGAACAUGCCGUGAUAAUCGGCAGGAAGAAAGCUCGCUACGAGAUCCACUCGCUGGUCCGCUAUCAGUGUGAGGACAGCUUCAUCCAGCGGCACAUCCCUACCAUCAAGUGCCGUUCCAAUGGCAAAUGGGACAAGCCCAAAAUCCUCUGCUUAAACCCCUCCAGUGGUGGUCGCAGGUCCCGACGACACCCACACAAAUCCAGCAGGAAAGAAAAGCGGAAACACAGGAAGAACCAGGCUCAGCAUCUGAUGGAUGUGAGGCAUUACUACUGAGCGCAGGAGGUCCUGCCCUGUCACAGGAGACACCGCGGGCAAAUCCGGAGACAUUCGAUCUGGAAAAAAAAAACACCGUCAAGGACCUCGAGUCUUGUUUUUUUUUAAUUAUUAUUAUUAUAUUUUAGUUGCUGCGAAUUGCAUCGAAAUAUUUCCUCUUUGAAGAAAAAAAAACACACACAAAGAAAUUAGCGGGUUUGGAACUAAUUUCAACCGCCCUGUGCGGUCAGGUCAUCGAUGAAAGCGAUCAUCCCGAGAAUCGAAUCAUCGACGCUUUUUUUUUAACCAUUAAAAAAGCAAAGGUCCAAGUUCAUCACCGAUUAUGGUUAGAGGGGGGGGGGGAGCAGAGGUGCCUGUGUUGUCUGUGAGCCUUUAACAUGAUAUUCCGUGGGUUAAGCUAAGUGCAAUUUUCUAUUCAGCCGUGUAACAAAUUUCCCCUUUUGCGCUUAUUAAUAACUCCAGUACAACUUUUAACAGUGUGAUAAAUCUACGUUGAGUAGCUUAGUGCCUGACGCACAAUUUGGGAAUGGCUAUGUGUGGUUUCCAGACCCAACAAUAGUUGGGUGCAUUUGUUCAGCGACUGACUGACCGAAUACGAAGUUAGAAUUGGAUCUCUUGAGGUCAAAGUGAGAUGUUGCACUCCAAUACCUUUUUCGACCUCCGAAACCAUUCUGACUUUUGUUCCAACCUCAGUCAGCUGACUAAAAGUUCCUCAUUUUAAAUGGGAUGAAACUCCACAAAAACCCAUAUUCGAAUAGCGGCCAUUCAUUCGGGGCUGGAUGCCAGCGUAUCUCUUCCACUUUAAUGGGGUCUGUCUGCUUUCACAGCCUAAUUCAGCUCAUAGAGGGGGAACAAAGAGUGAGAGAGGGAGGGGGGCAUUUUACUAAAAUGCACAGCAAAUCCUCUCUGCGGUCGUUGGAAAGAUGCCAUCAUUGGUGGCCUUGACGUUCACAUCCCCCUGAAACUCAGAGGUUUUGGCAGCUUUAGACAGUUUGGCACUGAGACAUCAGGCACUGAGGAGCAUCUGUGCCCCACAGCUGCUGCUGUAGACUUUGUGGGAUGUUGUUGUAAUAAUACCUUCGCUUGUGAUGUGUGUGUGUGGGCUGGGAGGGCAUUGGGCAUAUCGGUUGGGGGGUGCGAUGGUUUGGAAGUUCUCCCAGAUCUUUUCCAGCCAAGUCACUCCACAACCCGUCGCCCUUUACAAUUUGACUGCCUGGAGCCCUUUUCUGGGUGACAUUAAUAGCAUGGACCUUCCCCGUUAAAGAGGGAAAACUGGGACCCUAACGAAAGAAUUAUUACCCUUUUAAAAAUGAAAGUGCAUAAAACUAUUUUUCUCGUUUGUAAUGGAUGUAACAGCAGGAGGGAGCUGGAGUGACAACAGUAGAGAAACACGUGGGGCUUUCUGGUAGGAUUUAUAGCGCCUGACUGCGCAAGGCAACUGGGGUAACAUCUGUAGACAUAGAAUCAUUCACACGAGGCACCGGCUUCAUUAAAACCGACAAUGUACAUGAGCAGUGUCAGUCAGUUCAUGGAAGCGAGAGGACCCGGGUUCGAUUCCAGGGCAGGACGAAACCUUAGGCAA